AUGGAGUCCGACGGAGGAGCAAGAUCGGCGCCUUGGUCGUGGAGACUCGAUCCGCGCGCUGGGUCAGCCUCCCUCGGUCCAUCUUCUUCGGCAACCAGCAUCUCGCUGAAUCCGCUAUCGUCGCUCUCUCAUGCAUCAACCAGCGCUUCCCCAACGGACGAGAUUUUCUGGCAGGACUUUCGACCAGCGCCACAGAGAACAUCGAGGAUUGAGAAGAAGAAGGCGAGGCUGCACCGAUUCGACAGCGACGAUGACGAGGUGGAAGGCGAUCUGACAAUCAGGCCGAAACUCGAGCGAGGCGAGUCGGCGUUGGCAGUGGCCGCGUCGCCGGGUGUAGAGUCUGACGAGGAGGAUGCAGCUGGGCUGAGAUAUACUUCAAGCGAGGCCUCAUAUGGCGGGCAGGACAGCGAUGCAGCCUUGCAGGACCCUUCAGACGUAAAGAUGGAGCCCCCCGGCCAAGAAGCUGAAGAGAACAAUUCUUUGACGAGAAAGAGGCAGUCUAAACGGCGCAGUGAAGGGCUAACAGACGAUGCUUCCUCUUCCACUCAUAUCAUCGCUCAGACAAUUCACAAGCAUGCUCUCAUCGACAUAGAGGUCGAUCAAGAAGACACGCUCACAUUAGACCAAACACCACCACCGCCGCCUCUAACAUACAAGGAGACAGUGCGACUCGUCCGACUCAUCGCGAUGCUCUUUCGCUUCCCCAAAUCGUCCCGUCGCAUUGUCCGUCGUCGCCAGCGCCUCGACCUCGAAAACUCUGCCACCUCCUCACCUGCGCCUGAAUGUCUCCCAUCCUCGUCAACACCGCUGACUCCCUCGAGCAGCACACCACCCAUCGAGCUCAAAGCAAAGUACCUCGCCCCUCCAACCAGCACCAUUGCCACCUCCGCAUCUCACAGGCCUCGCAUCCUCGCGCAUGUACACCCAGAAGACGCCCGACCCGGCUCGGACGCCGUCCUGAAGCUCAUUGCGCUCAUCCCUGCAGCUUUGCCCUCCAGAGUCGGUAGCGCCGACUGGAUCGCGCAUCUCGCGGUGAAAGCGAAGCGCGACGAGUACGGCAACAUCUUGCUUCCCGGCAGUGCAUAUGCAUAUGCUAGUGGUAGGACCGGCGGAAGGAGCGACAGUAUGGAGAUGGAUGGGGAAGGGAGUGUGGAUGCAGCGGUGAAGGUGGAAGGUGGUGGGGGAGGGGGGAAGGUGACGAGGUCGAUGCGGUUGAGGAUGGGGCACGAGGCGCCUGCGAUCCCGUUGCCGCAGUUCUGGCGACGCAAACAGGGGGUUGUGAAGCAGGGCACCCCAGAUACCCAAGUCAAGACCGAGGGAGACGAAACCUCGAUACUGAGCAUCUCGCAAACUUCGACAACCGACGAGCCAGAAGUCGACGCACUCGUCCCCUCCGCCUCCAUCAGCAGCGACACCUCGCUAUCUCCACACCCAUCAUCCACACCAGACCCACCGCCACCGCCCUCGCAACGCAGGGGAAGGCCAGCGGUGAACUACUCCAAGCUGCUCGCGGAACGCAUGCGUGAAAAGCGGCAGGCAAAGACGCUGCUCCUCCGGACGCACCAGUCGCUGCGCAAGAGGCGAAACAGUGACCGUGUGGGCGAAGGUGAAGACAGGGUUUCAACCGGUGGUGGGGUUGAUGAGGAGGGCGAGGGUGAAGAGAUGGAUGUAGAGACCCGUGCGAACACGCUGGCGAACAGUGGGAAGGCUACGAUGAGCGAUUUGACGACCGUGCAAAGGAAUGACGAGGAAAUGGUUGAGAAGGAGGCUUCAUCAACGAGUCCAACUCAGGAGAAGAACCUUUCUGUCAGCGUCAAGCAAGAGGAUCUGUAA